AUGUCCGCUUGUGCAUCGUCAUCAUCGAUGUAUGUUACUAAGAAAAAAGCAAGGCGUGGAUCGAGAAAAAUAUCGUUUACAAAUGAUGAUCCUAAUUAUGAAGAUUUUUCACUUGUUUGGCUUGAUGAAAAGAGAGAACAAAAUGAAAUUCAAUGUCAAUUACGUUGCAUUAUCAAUUACUUAAAAUUAUUUCAUAAUAUCGAACAAUGUGUCAAAUAUGUGAAUUCUGUUACAUCAGAAAAAAUAUUUUUAAUCAUAUCGGAUACAUUGUCAAAAACUGUUAUUCCUCGUGUUCAUGAUCAUUCUCAACUCGAACAUAUCUACAUAUAUUGUCAUCGUCGUAUGUCUCAUGAAUCAUCUAUUCAAACCUAUGCAAAACUUAGUGGUAUUUUUAUGGAUAAUAGUUCCUUAAUGAUAAAAUUGAAAGAAGACUAUCAAGUAUCAUCUCAUAAUUUAUGUUCAACAAGCGUGUUAACACCAGAAAAAUCGAUGAAUAAUUUCAAUAUGAACAGUUCAACUGUUAAUUGGUUUCCAUUAUUAAUUGAAACAGUCAUUCGUACACCUCAAUCUGACUCUAUCAAAAAGUAUUUAUUAAGUAAAUGUGAACUCGACUAUAUCGAUAAUGAAUUAGAACAAAAAUCUAUUGAAAAUUUUCGUCAAAAUUAUAAGCCAACUGAUGUUAUAUCAUGGUAUAAACGUGAUUGUUUCAUCUAUCGUUUACUAAAUAAAGCAUUUCGUUCCGAAGAUAUUAUUACAUUAUUUAAAUUUAGAUUUUUUUUAGCUGAUAUGCAUCAUCAAUUAGAAAAACUUCAUUUAAAUUAUAUUGAUCAAUUAUCUAACGAACAAAAACAAUGGAUAUUUUAUCGUGGACAAGGUAUAAGUAGUGAAGAAUUGAAUAAAAUAAAAAUCAAUGUUCAUAAAUUAAUUUCGAUAAAUACCUUUUUUUUAACAACAACAAAUUUGCAAACAUCUAUUACAUUUGCUAAAAAUAGUGAACGAAAUUCAUUUGUUGAAUCAAUUGUUUUCGAAGUAGUUGUAAAUCGUUCGGUUGCAAAAUCGACCAAACCAUUUGCUGCGAUCAACGAAGAUAACGAUCAAAGCGAAAUUCUCUUCUCGCCGGGUACUAUUUUUCAAAAUGAAUCUAUUGAACAAUAUGAUGACGUUUGGCAUGUUAAAUUAAGAUUGAUAGAUGAAAAACAAACAAAAGAAAUGAAUCAAAUUAACGAAUUAUUGAAACGUGAAAGUGAUUAUGCAUCACCAUUAACAUCGGUGGGUUAUUUUCUGUGGAAAAUUGGUAAUUAUGAUAAAGCUGAACAUAUCUUUGAUAUUCUAUUUGAAGAAUUACGCUCAUUCGAUCAUGAUCAAAUUUCUUCGAUCUACAAUGAUAUCGGACUUUUGUAUAGUGAUCAUGGUUACUAUAGCGACGCAUUGAACUAUUAUGAGAAAUCACUUAAAUAUGCAAGGAAAAAUCGUUCAUCAAAUACUGCUUACAUUGGUACAAUAUUGAACAAUAUUGGAUUAAUUUUUGCCAAUAAGAAAAAAUAUCUAGAAGCAUUGAAAUAUUAUAAAGAAGCCUUACAAAUGCGACUUGAAAAUAAUGAACCGAAACCAACAGAUAUUGCUGAUAUUGCUACAAGCCAUGCAAAUAUCGGAUGUGUAUAUGCCGAUAUGCGUUUAUUUUCACAAUCGUUAAUUAAUCUUGAAAAAGCUUUAGAUAUUCGACUAAAACAAUUACCAGUUGGUCAUCCACAUAUUGGACAAUCUUAUAAUUAUAUUGGAUAUGUUUAUUUUCUUCAAGGUUACUAUAAGAAAGCAUUAAAAACAUAUCAUAUAGCACUCGAUAUCAAUCUUGCGUCGCUUGCUGCCAAUCAUUUUGAUCUAUUAAAAACAUACAAGAACAUUGGUGCAGUUUAUUUUGGUGAACAAAAGUAUCCAUUAGCUAUAGAAUAUUAUGAGAAAGCAAUUGAAAUUGGUGUCACAUCAUUGCCAAGUGAUCAUCCAAUUUUUGUACAAAUGUUUCAAAGUAUGGCAUGCGUCUAUAAGUCAAUGAAAGAUCAUUCUAUGUCACUUAAAUAUUUUCGAAAAACUUUAGAAAUCGAAAAGAAUCGUUCAAAACCAAAUCAUGCAUUACUUUUUGAAAUUUAUACUUCUGUCGGAACUAGUUAUGAAUCUAUGGGUAAGAAUUCCAUGGCACUCAAUCAUUAUAAAGCUGGUCUUAAGCAUGGUUACAAAAUGAAAAAUCCAAAUUAUUCGCGUAUGCAUACUAUUCAAAGCGCCAUUCGUAGAUGUGUUAACCGAGUAGAACAAUUGACGACUAGAAAUAACAAGAAACGAUAA